UAGUUAUACAAAAUUUAGUGUCAUUUGUCAUAUUUCAAAUUCAUAAACAAAAAAGUUUUUUUAAACCUUCACGUACAUAUAUGUUAUUUUUAAAAUUUGAAAAAAAAAUGGAAAAAGAGAAUAAUAAGAAAUGGACCGUGGAAAGGAAAAAAUUAUUGAUUACAGUGAUGCUGAAAUACGAAAGGGAAUUCGUAUCAAAACGUUUUAAAAAAUCCACGUUAUGGAACAAAAUAUAUAAUGAUAUCCUUGAAGUAGAACCGGAUUUCCCAUUCAAUUCAACAGAAUUAUACAACAAAUUUUUAAACAUAAUGUGUACUUUUAAAAGGAUAAAAAGACGCAAUAAUACUUCGGGCGAAGCUUGUACAACCUGGGAGUUUUAUGACAUGUUAAACGAAGUAUAUGGAAACAGCAGUAAUAUUACUGUGCCUCAAGAAAUUUUAGGUUCUAGUCUCGACGACUUGCAAGAGCUAUUGGGGAAUACAAGUACGAGUAGUGAAACUAUACAGGUGCAAUCUGAUGUAUGUAUUGAAAAUUUGAGCCCUGCCACUUCAAAACCAAAAAAGAAAAACGAAAUAUUGAAUUUUCUAGAAAAAGAAGCAGAAAGUGAUAAGAAAAUAAUGCAAGAAAUGCUUGAGAUUGAAAAAGAAAAAAUAAAAAUCGAGAAAGAAAAAAUUCAGGAAUUACGUGAAUUGAAAAAUUUACUAAAAUCUUUGCUUCCAAAAUAAAAAAUGUGAUAAGAUUUGCAUAAGUUCAUGUGUGAUUAAGUAAUUUAUGUGCCAUUUAAGAGUUAACGACUAUUAAAAAAUUUUUUAAGGCAAUCAAUGCCAUUUUUAAUUUUAUCAAUUUUUGAAAGACUUUUAUUUAUAAUUAGUUUUUAAUGAUGAACAUAUAAUAUAUUUACAAAUGCAAUAAGAAUAAUAUGUAUAAAGACUUUUUGAGGCAAUGAAUGCCAGUUUUAUUUUCUAACAAGUUUUGAACAGAACAAAAUUAAGUUAUUUAGUUUAUAGUUGCAAAAUGGAAAAUAAAUUUGAAGUAUGAUACGAAUAAAUAUAAACAUUUAUUAUUUUUUACU